CUCACCCUGCCCGCAUGCCCAUGCCGUCACUUCCCAGACACGCAGCAGCAGAGCCUGUCUGACGGAGAGGAGCAGCUGGAUCGCCUCCAGCAGGCGGCGCUCACCCGGACCAUGUGCAUGUCUGUGUGGAGGGCGGGUGUGGUGGAGGCCUGGCUGGAGGUGGUCAUGGGGAUGCCCAUGUACACACGGGCCUGCUCUGAGAACGUCAAGAGUGGGAAGGUUCUUCUCGGCUUGACUGAUGAGGACUUAGAACUGGGACUGGGCAUCAGCAACCCUAUUCAUCGCAGAAAACUAAGACUGGCCAUUGAGGACUACAGGAGGGCUGAAGGGGACCAAGGUCUGUCCAAAGCAUCAGACAUGGACCAUCACUGGGUGGCAAAAUCUUGGCUGAGUGAUGUGGGGCUGCCUCAGUACUCGCAAGCCUUCCAGGCUCAGCUAGUGGACGGACGAGUCCUGAGCUCUCUGGGCCGUAGAGACCUGGAGCGGUUCCUCAAUGUCAGCGACCAGUUCCACCAGACCAGUCUGCUUCUGUCGGUCCAGAUGCUGCAGAUGCUCGGCUUUGAUAAGGAAGUCCUGCAGGCACGAAGGGCCAAAUGUGAGCAACAAGACCCGGACCUCAUUGUUUGGACUACUCAUAGAGUCAUGAAAUGGAUCAGAGACAUAGACCUCAAGGAAUUUGCAGACAAUCUUGAGGGGAAAGGGAUCAACGGCGCUGUGCUGGUUCUGGACGCCUCGUUCAACACAGACGCCAUGGCCAAAGCGUUGGAGAUCCCAGGGAACAAACACAUGCUGCGUCGACAUCUGUAUGAAGAGAUGAAAACACUCAACAACAAGGCACCGCUAGGCGAGGCCAUGGCUUCUCCUACGCCUGUGGCUGUCAGCCGCUUUGCUGAGGGCAGGGUGCCACUGAGGAGAUCCAGCAAGAGUCCGUUGAGGUUCCGUGCACAUUCUGCAGAACGACGGGUGGACAACCAGGGAUCCCUACCCAAGGAGGCUGGGUCGGUUCCACUGGCCAAGGGCAGCCCCGUGCACGCCUACAAGAGUGUGGAAAUAACCAACGUGUGAAUCGGUACAGUAUUAUGUACCGUAUUAUUAUGAAUAAUCAUAACAAUGAAUGAAGAAGAAACCCAUGUAAAUAUGAUAAUAUUAUAAAGAAGACCACUUGAUGGAUUCCAACUUCAGCUUUUUGGACAUUUUCAA